UGUGUGUAUUCCAUAGAUCAAUAUUUUCUUCUUUAGUUACUUUCCAACUUUAAUGUUUAAAAAGUUAUAUUUAUUUAUGUGUAUGGGGAGCACACAUAUUGCAGUGUUGCUCACUUGUGGUAAUUUGUAAAACUCUAAACUGGUCUCAUUAAUAUAAGUACGGGAGCUUGCAGCACUGACCUUGGCUUCUGGGCGUGUCGGUGAGAUGACAGGAUACUUAGUGUUAAAGGAAGGGAGCCAUUCGUUCUCUGGUUCAGUGAAAUCUUAGGCUGUGGUCUUAACUGUAUCACUCCAGCAUCAGGCAACAGAGCAUUCACACGCCCUGCCUGCCUCUCUCUGAAUUCUCUUUAUGCUUUUAGGAGACAAGAAUCCAGAGGACACGGAGUCUCUCGAGGAGGUGGGACUGAGGCACCUGCCACACGAGGAGCUUUUCUGCUCACAGAUCUGGCAGCGAGUUACAAGGGAGUUAACCAAGGCUCGAGACUGCAGAGUAUGUGUCGGAGAAAAUGGCUCUCCGGUGAAACCAGAGGAUGUGCACCGUGAAGACGAGGAAUACAGCAAACAUUCCAGUCAAAAUUCAGUCCUUCAGGUUCACCACAGGGAAUGCCAUGAAGAAGAGGCAAAUGAGAGAGAUUUCGGUUGCAGCCACCAUCUUCGUACCAGUACAGGAGAAAAGUCCUACAAGUGUGGAAAAUGUCACAACGCCUCCCAUUGGUUCUCAAGCCUUCAGUCCCAUCAGGGAGUGUGUGAUAGACCCAGGUGGAACAAGUCUGUGUCACAGUUUAAAAUUUUCCGUCAGUGGCGACUGUUUCAUUAUCAACAGAGCAUGCCCAAUGGAGAAAAUGCACAGGAAUAUGAGGCAUGUGGGAAUGCCGGGAAAAACUCCUCUGGUCAGACAGCUCUGUUCGUCCACACCGCAGAGGAACCCUAUUCAUGUGAGGAGUGCGGGGCACGCUUCAGUCAGAGCUCAUACCUUCAAGUCCACCAGAGAGUUCACACCGGAGAGAAACCGUACAAGUGCGAGGAGUGUGGGAAGGGCUUCGGCUGGUUAUCACAACUUCAUGCUCAUCAUCGAAGUCACACUGGAGAGAAACCCUAUACAUGUGACGUGUGUGGCAAGGGCUUUAGUUACAGCUCACACCUUAACAUUCACUGUAGAAUCCACACGGGUGAAAAGCCCUAUCAGUGUGAAGAGUGUGGGAAAGGCUUCAGCCAGGCCUCCAACCUCCUGGCCCAUCAGCGCGGCCACACUGGCGAGAAGCCAUACCAGUGCGAUGCUUGUGGGAAGGGCUUCAGUCGUAUCUCUGAUUUUAACAUUCACAUUAGAGUCCACACGGGUGAGAAGCCUUAUAAGUGUGAGGAGUGUGGGAAAGGCUUCAGCCAGGCCUCAAAUCUUCUGGCCCAUCAGAGAGGCCAUACUGGAGAGAAACCCUACAAAUGCAACACGUGUGGGAAGUCCUUCCGUAGGAGUUCAGACCUUAACGUUCAUUGUAGAAUCCACACCGGAGAGAAGCCCUAUAGGUGUGAGAAAUGUGACAAAGUCUUCAGCCAGUUCUCAAGUCUCCAAGUGCAUCAGAGGGUCCACACAGGAGAGAAACCAUAUCAGUGCUCAGAGUGUGGGAAGGGCUUCAGUGUAGGUUCUCAACUUCAAGCCCACCAGAGGUGCCACACUGGAGAGAGACCCUACCAAUGUGAGGAGUGUGGGAAGGGCUUCUGUCGGGCGUCCAACUUUCUAGCUCAUCGUGGGGUCCACACAGGAGAGAAACCAUACCGAUGUGACGUGUGUGGGAAACACUUCCGGCAGAGGUCCUACCUCCAGGCCCACCACAGGGUCCACACGGGAGAAAAACCGUUCCGAUGCGAGGAGUGCGGGAAGGGCUUCAGUUGGAGCUCAUACCUCCAAGCCCACCAGAGAGUCCACACGGGAGAGAAACCGUACAAGUGUGAGGAGUGUGGGAAGGGCUUCAGCUGGAGCUCAAGCCUCCUGACUCACCAGCGAGUGAGGCACACUGGAGAGAAACCCUACAAAUGUGAGGAGUGUGGCAAGGGCUUCACUCGGUCCUCCACCCUUCUGGACCAUCAGAGAGGCCACACUGGAAACAAGCCCUAUCAGUGUGGCGCUUGCUGGAAGAGUUUCUGUCACAGCUCGGAGUUUAACAAUCACAUACGAGUCCACACGGGAGAGAAACCCUAUGUAUGUGAGGAGUGUGGGAAAGGCUUCAGCCAGGCCUCCCAUCUUCUGGCCCAUCAGAGAGGCCACACGGGAGAGAAACCCUACAAAUGUAGCACGUGUGGGAAGGGAUUCAGCCGGAGUUCAGAUCUUAACGUUCAUUGUAGAAUCCACACAGGAGAGAAACCCUAUAAAUGUGAGAGGUGUGGUAAAGCCUUCAGUCGAGUCUCAAUUCUCCAAGUGCAUCAGAGGGUCCACAGUGAAGACAAACCGUAUCAGUGCUCAGAGUGUGGGAAGGGCUUCACUGUAGAGUCUCACCUUCAAGCCCACCAGAGGUCCCACACUGGAGAGAGACCCUAUCAGUGUGAGGAGUGUGGGAGAGGCUUCUGUCGGGCGUCCAACUUUCUAGCUCAUCGUGGGGUCCACACAGGAGAGAAACCAUAUCAAUGUGACGUGUGUGGGAAACGCUUCCGGCAGAGGUCCUACCUCCACGACCACCACAGGAUCCAUACGGGAGAGAAACCAUACAGAUGUGAGGAGUGUGGGAAAGUCUUCAGUUGGAGCUCAUACCUCAAAGCCCACCAGAGAGUCCACACGGGAGAGAAACCGUACAAGUGUGAGGAGUGUGGGAAGGGCUUCAGCUGGAGUUCAAGCCUCCUGAUUCACCAGCGAGUCCAUACUGAGGAUGAGGGACGCAAAGAUUUCCCUGCGUCAGAAGGCUCACAGGGGAAACAAACUCUAUGAUGUUUUAUAUUUUGGAAUUUCAAAUGGAAGCUGAAAGGUCCCAAUUCUUAGAGUUCUCAAGGCAGACAAAGGAGUUGUAGGAUCCGUAUUUGACUGGAACGGGAUGCUUGGGAGACCACAGAUAGAGAAGCCUUAUAAGUUGGAGCUAUGUAGACUUUGGUCAGAACCUUGACCUUUAAUCCAUGGAGACAGGAACUGUGGGAAGGUGGAGUGUGAUCUGGAGGUCUCUCAAAGGAAGGGACCGGAUCUGUUCCACAGGAGCAACUUUCUUACACUGCUGAUUGUGGCCACACAUGGGGCUUCAUAACUGUAAGCGACAGUCAUGGGAUAUUUAGGGACGCUACAAGCUUUCUGCAUAUCCAGUGACCAAAACCUCAGAAUUCAUCAGGUAAGAAAUCCGAGGGGCUUCUGGCAGCUCUUACCCAUGCCGUAACUGUGUGACUUCACUGUAGCCUUCCUCAGAACACACGGUGUGAACCCUUACAUGUCACAGUCGCCACACACAGGGCCCACGGGCGCUGCCUGAAGUCUCUCCGCUCAGGGCCAGCGUCGUCGCCUGUUAUAAACCGCACUGCUUUGGACUGCACACUUCUGCUCUUCCUGAAGCACAGUGCUGUACUUACGGUCCUUUCCCAUUCUCGUUCUUCAGUGCUCACGCAUCAAGCUAGUCUGCUGCGGAUUACGUUGCGUCUCAGCGUGAUUUCAACCGUCACCAUUCCUCCCCUUAACACAACGUGUUCCACGGCACUACUAUGCAAAUUUGGUUUUGUGGUUAAUAAAUUAUCAUUUAUUGAAAUUGUUUCAAAA